CCACGCCCAUUUGGUGUUCGUCUCAAUUCGCGAGAUUCCGGAUCAAUGGAACAAUCAACAAAUCAAACAGCUGAUCUAACCUAAAAUGAAUUAAGUUAAGUGAGUUUUUAAAUCUAAUCUAGCGAAGUGUGUUUCGAAUAAUGCCUAAUGAAGCUCGGUAUGCGUUACUAUACAGUGAUUACGAAACUUCCACAGUUUUGCGUUUGCCUUUUGAAAAAUUUUCGAUUAUAACCGUGGGUUUGCCGUUGUUUGCUUUCCUGUUUUGCAUUAUUUAUUCGGUGAUUUUUCAUUUCGAAACCGCCACUUACACCCAUUGUCAAGUGUUUAAUGUUUUACCGUCCAUUUCUGCGGCUAUCGGAAAUUUUUCACCACAACGACAAGUCUGGCAAACGGCUAUAGUUUUACAUGCUGUGCCAAGAUUCUCGAUUGCCUUUGUUUACCUCCAACACCACCAAAACGUUUUAUACCAAAAUGACCAAUGGAUGGGGGCCGUCGCAUGUGUUCUUAAUGUUGUUGAAAACAUUUCGUUGAUUAUACUGUCUUUUUGGACCUCAUCUCAGCACUAUCCUGUUCAUGAAAAAGCCUUCAUCACCUUUAUAUUGAUGUCGGAGUUUUAUAUGAUUUUAAUUUACAUUCUCCAAAGACGUUGUAAAAAGCGCCACAAAGAAAGUCUGAAAUGGAAGAAAAGACUACUCAUCACAAACAUAUCAUCUAUUUUAGUAGCAACGUAUUGCUUUUUAAGGCACAACUCAUAUUGUGAGCCUUAUGUAUAUUCUGGUUUUGCCUUGGCAGAAUAUACAGUAGUAUUAACAAAUAUGGCGUUCCACAUGACUGCUUAUUUAGAUUUUAAAAAUAAAGAUUUGGUGGUCUAUAGGUACGGUGUUGCUUUAACAGAAAGAUAAUAUUUAGUUGUAUAGCUAGUUAUACAAUAAAUUUUUCGUUGUGUAGGAAAGUAUCAAAUGGACAUACAGAUUGUAUAUUUGUAAUUAUUGCCCACACACCAAAACGAUAUGUAUUCGAAAAUUUUACUUUCUGGAUCUUCAAAACGUAUAACUUUCCCAAAAAUGGCACUUACAGAUUUUAGAUUGUAAAUUGUAAGUUCGUGAUCUACGAGUUGAUUAAAUGAAAUGUCUUCUACGUUUUGAACGUUUUUAACUUGUAAUAAGAUAAUAUAUUCUGCAUGUACACUGCCUAAAAAUCAAGUGCACACAGUUUAUUUCAACAGCCAAGUGGUGGCUGGCUGUGCACUUGAUUUAGAUUACAAGCUGAAGAUAUUUUUGACGAAAUGUAAGGUCGUAAUAUCUUCGAAUUGUUCCAGUAAUGUAGCUAUUCCUGCAUUUCAAGUAAUGAGUGUGGUUUAAAUGUUACUCUUUUGUCCAUUGUAUCUACUUUUUGAUGUUACAAUGAAGAGCACAUUUUAUACUUCGGGCACAGUAGAGAUUUACUACUUAAUUCACAAGGGUUGCAGUUUAAUGUUGUCGCGAAAAAACGACCAAAUUUUUUCGUUUCGAACUUUUUCAAAUUUUUAGUGACAAAAAGACGUCUAAAAAUAGAAUGUUUUAGGCACUUGGUAUGAAAGUACUUAUCUGUGUGAAUGUAAUCUUGUAAUAUAAACGUGCUCAGUUGUGAUAUGUAUUUUUGAGAAGCGAAAGAUUUAUUAUAAAUAGACGAAAUUGGUAUUGAAAACAUAUCUUGUAUUUUUCAAAUAAUUAUUAUGAUUGAAAAAAAAAUCGGGACGGAAAACACGAAACGGUGUUAAUAUUUUUAGUAAUUAUGCGAUGGACGCAUUUAGUGUCAAAUUUUGAAGAACAAAAAAAUUGAUGUCUUCACCACCCAACUUUGUUUUAAGACGAUGUGAUAUGAGUUUGUGCUUCCGAAGGAGCAAUUUUUUUAAUGUCGGUACAUGUUUAUAUCAGUAUAUGAAUAAUUGUGAUAAAAAAUUGGUUAUUUAUGCAUUUCAUUUAAGUUUUACGGAUGGUAAUGGUUGUAAACAAUGAUAUAACUUAAGGAAAUGUCUCAUUAUUGUGCAGUAUUUUUGUCUUAAAAAACUGUUUUUUUUUCAAAUGUUUAUUAUUUCACAUUUAAGUGAUGUGUUACUGUUAAUACGUUGUUAAACUCGACUCUUUCUAAUUGUACUAUUCUUGUACGUAGCUACCUUUUAUUAAAAAAGUUAUUCUUCA